AUGUCAAAGACAAUCCAGAACGGGCGCUACAAGAUCUGGCGCUCCCCGGAACAACGCCAACUAAUCGUCACCAUGAACGGCGCAAACUCCAUGGCCGUCCUCCGUCACCCCGAAGAACUUGAAGACCCCUCUCAUCACGAGACCGGGAUCUGGGUCCUCACCAUCACCCCCUCCGACCCUUCCUCGGCCUCCAUCGCCUCCGAGGGUGCAGUAAGUGCCACAUUGCAGCACGAAGGCACAAAGAGCUACUUGGCCCUCCACGACCCCACCAAUCCAGGCCAAGGGGCGAACAUUUACGUCAAGUCAGAUGACAAGCAAGUGUGGACUAUUAACCCGGCGAGCACGACUGGGGAUGGAGGGGAGGACAUGAACGAGUACCAUAUCGGAUACCCUGAUCUGGUUGACGGGCAGGUCUUGGUGGUAGACAAUUCGUUUUCGAGGGCGUUUCCGCCUAGGUUGGCGUUGCAGCCUUUGGGGGAUACGCUUGCCCAGAUUGGGCUUCCUUGGCGAUUUGAGCCUAUUGGUUGA